UGUGUUUCGAAGGAUGAACACAUGGUUAUCACCAAAUUGUAUAAUUAAGAGACAUUUGGCAAAUCAAAAAUCCAUAACAACAGCUAGUACUGUAGCGAAUGAGAAAAUCAAUCGCCUUUUGCAAGCUUAUGAGGACAUUGUUGGACUUUCUGAAGUACGCGAUGCACAAGAAAAUGUCAUCAAGGCAGAAAAGGAGUUUUUGAUGGCACAGACGCUAAGGAGAGAAAGGCAGACUUUGCUGUCAGAAAUCCAGGCUGAGCUCCGGUCUAUUGGUAAUAAGAGAGAAAAAGCAAACAGGGGUGAACAGCUUUACUUAGACCUUGUCACCCAAGAACACAACAUGAUCAAGCAGGAACAGGCCUUGGAGCAAGAGAUAGCCAGUAUUGAUAAGUCAGAAAGGGACAAGUUUAAUAUUUUGUCUUCAGCGGUAAGAGAAAGUCAUGAGAGAGAAAGAGCGAGGGCUGAACGUACAAAAUACUGGUCUCUCAUUGGCUCAGUUAUUGGUGCUACGAUUGGCAUAUUAGGGACUUCCGUGAACAACUACUUUCGUGUAAGAGAGCUGAGAGGUAUAAUAAAAGAAUCUGCUGAACAGAGAACCGAUUUUCGUGUUUUAGCUGCAGAAUUAGCCACAACAACCAAAACACAGUUCAAUAGAAUGGAGGAGUUUCUAGCAGAACUUCGAUCCACGUUGGGAUCCACAGGACAGACAUCGCUUAAGAAAGCAACAUCUCAAAACCCAAACAUCUCUCAGUCAUCAGUCAUGUUGGAAAAACAGACUAAGGAGAUUCUGGACAUAGUUUCUCGGCAGGACAGUGCCGUGGAGGCAGAAAUGAGGGAAAUCAAAGAGCUGCUGGCCACAGAGAGAGCUCGACAAGGGGAGGCAACUGUGGUGUAUGUUGGACCACAGGUUCAAGGACUUCUUAAAGAAACCCAAGACAACUUGUCCUGGCGAAUUAAGCUUGGCUCCUUGGCCACAGUCACAGCUGUUUAUGCCGGUGUAGCCCUGGGUGUUGCUGUAAUAUCCAGUUUAUUUAAAGGCUCUUAAAUUCACAAAUGUGCUUGAUAGGUGCUUUUGCAGAGACUGGCUGUGUUAUUCACACCCAUGAAGUGAAAACAGUUGGUGAUAGUAAAUUUAUUUAGACCAUUUGGGUGACAUCUCACAAUGGAUUGUGUUCAAAAAGACUUUAAUCUUUAUGUACAUUAGUUAUGACCAUGAAAUUCUCUAUGAAAAUGUCUCAUUAUAAUAAUGUCUAUCUUGGUUAUUAUCUUGUUUAAAUCAUGGACAUAUAUAUGGAAGGAGGAACAACUCACCCAGUCAGCCCAGCUAUCUGGCCAGACAUUUCCGGCUUUGCCUCUCUGCUCUGAAUGAAAUUUUCCAGACAGGGUGAAUGAUAGGAAAAGUAUUCCAACAUGCGCAGAAACGUCCUCCAAAUUGUGCGCACAUUCUCCAAAUGAUUCUAAGUGAUCAUUUUAAUCACAUCUACACGACCACUGCACGGGAAGAUACAGUUUGUAUGGGACAGUGCUAUUUAUUCAGUCGAUGGAACAUUUCUAUUUUUUCGCUACUUUCGAAUGGGCUUAAUAUGAUAAAAUAAUUAAUGUUUUCCAGUUAGCAUUAGUGUGUGCGAUUUACCUGUUGCUGAUGGGUUACGGGCCUGAGAGCUCAAUUUUUUUAAACCGAUGAUUGUAAAUUGAGAAAAUGCCCAUUUGAAAUUGAAAUACAUGGACAUAUAUCAAAACUAUCCAAAAUUGAUCAUGUUUGAGUUCCACAAAAUCACAUUUUCCAGCGGCCAAAUCCAACUGUACUCGGGCAGGAAUGCCGUUCACACUUGUAACAUGUGAUAUAUAAACAGGCUAUAUAUAUGCACGCAGUUUCCUACAUAAGAAUACUAAAACCCAUCGAGGGUAAAAUUUUGGGACGUGUAUAGACACUACAUGCGGCACACCAUACUGGAUAGUCCCAAAGGGCCAUUUACAAAGGCAUACAUAUACCGUGGACAAGAAAUAACGGGCAGGCGUAAGUUGGUGACAUGUUGAAUAGUAACCAAGCAGUCAUUCAGUACAAUUAAUACGUUUGAAUAGUGUGGACAACUGUUAAAACGAAAAAAAAUGGACAAAAACUUUGGCUGUAAGUUUGUUGAAAAUGAAGGUGAAAUUCAAACGUGAUGUGAACAACAUGGUGAAACAUUUCACUAUGUUUCAAUUCAAUGCAAGCAUGUUUUUGUUUAUGGGUGUUAUUUGCUUUUAAACAUGAUAUUACCAACACAAUUGCCAAUUUCUUCUGCUGCAAUAAGUGAAUCAAAGUGGUCUGACAUCCGUUCAGUCAUGCUAUCAUCAUUAUUCCCAAAUCCUGCUGCGUCGGUAUCAUACAUUGAACACUUUGAAGAGUCUGAGUUGUUCCUCCUUCCACAUAUACCUGUAUGGUUAAAUGUUAACAUGGUUAAUUGAAAUGCUGGAAGGUUAGUCUCAGUGGCAGUUAUGUUUAAUUAUCUUAAUUAUCAGUAAUUGGAUAUACUUACUGUGUUUCUCCUAAAAUUUAGCAUUUUUCAAGUGAUUUUGAUUGAUUCAUACAUCUUAAAGAGUUAUUGUAAGUGUCCUGUAUAGCGUGAUCAAUUUCUUAUAGUUAAGGAAAAGCAACUUGUUGGCAAAAGUAACAUUUUAAGGCCUUUAUAUGCUUCUGAAUAUACCAUUCUCUAGAUGAAAUACAGUAUAUUCUUUGUCCAACUCUCAAGAAGGAAAAACUAUGACUACACCUAGGUUUUUGUCUUCUUGCAUAAAUCAAAUGCAUGUGGUUUUGUGAUAUUAAAUUUAUGUUUAUACCAUUGUAGCAGACAUUAAGCAAAGUGAUACAUCGGUAUAAGCUGUCAGCAUAAUGAGUAUAAUAAAUGCCCAAAUUUAAAUAAAUUUGAAACAGAAAUAAAUGUUAAGCUUAUUUCAUUGUCAGACUGGAUCAGGGGUAAGACAGUUCAGUCAGGAAAAUGUAAUUUGCAAACAUUUGCUUUUACCAUUGAUAAGGUCAGUUUGCGAUGAAUUCCCUGAAUUUUUCCG